AUGAAUUCCGCUGAACAGACCGUUACGUGGCUUAUUACCUUAGGGGUGCUGGAGUCGCCCAAAAAAACCAUUUCGGACCCGGAGGGCUUUUUGCAGUCGUCUCUGAAAGAUGGGGUGGUCCUCUGCAGGCUGCUGGACCGCUUGCUCCCCGGGACCAUAGAGAAAUUCUGUCUCAAGCCCCGGACCGAGAGCGAGUGCCUCAGCAACAUCCGCGAGUUUCUGCGAGGCUGCGGGGCCUCCCUGCGCCUAGAGACGUUUGAUGCAAAUGAUUUGUAUCAGGGGCAGAAUUUUAACAAGGUCCUCAGUUCCUUAGUGACUCUAAAUAAAGUAACAGCAGACAUUGGACUAGGAAGUGAUUCUGUAUGUGCUCGGCCCUCAUCUCAUCGAAUAAAGUCUUUUGAUUCCCUCGGAUCUCAGUCUUUACAUAGUCGGACUUCAAAAUUGUUCCAGGGCCAGUAUCGAAGUUUGGACAUGACUGAUAAUAGCAACAGUCAACUGGUUGUAAGAGCAAAGUUUAAUUUCCAGCAGACAAAUGAAGAUGAACUUUCUUUUACAAAAGGAGAUAUCAUCCAUGUCACUAGAGUGGAAGAAGGGGGCUGGUGGGAGGGUACUCACAAUGGCAAAACUGGCUGGUUCCCUAGCAACUAUGUUCGAGAAAUCAAAUCAAGUGAAAAGCCUGUAUCUCCCAAGUCAGGAGCUUUGAAGAGCCCUCCUAAAGGGUUUGAUACAACUGCAAUUAACAAAGGCUAUUAUAAUGUGGUGCUACAGAAUAUUUUAGAAACAGAAAAUGAAUAUUCUAAAGAACUACAGACUGUGCUUUCAACUUAUCUACGACCAUUACAGACCAGUGAAAAGUUAAGUUCAGCAAACACUUCAUAUUUAAUGGGAAAUCUAGAAGAAAUAUGUUCUUUUCAGCAAAUGCUUGUACAGUCUUUAGAAGAGUGCACCAAGUUGCCUGAAGCUCAACAGAGAGUUGGAGGCUGCUUUUUAAAUCUUAUGCCACAAAUGAAAACCUUGUACCUUGCGUAUUGUGCCAAUCACCCAUCUGCAGUAAAUGUUCUCACAGAGCACAGCGAGGAAUUGGGAGAAUUUAUGGAGAUGAAAGGUGCCAAUAGCCCUGGAAUUCUUGUGUUGACCACAGGCCUCAGUAAACCAUUUAUGCGCCUAGAUAAAUAUCCUACAUUACUCAAGGAACUUGAAAGACAUAUGGAGGAUUACCAUCCAGAUCGACAAGAUAUUCAGAAAUCCAUGACUGCCUUCAAAAACCUUUCAGCCCAGUGUCAAGAAGUACGGAAAAGGAAAGAACUGGAGUUGCAGAUCCUGACAGAAGCUAUCCGAAGCUGGGAGGGAGAUGACAUUAAAACCCUAGGCAAUGUCAUUUACAUGUCACAGGUUAUGAUUCAGUGUGCAGGAAGUGAGGAAAAGAAUGAAAGAUAUCUUCUGCUCUUCCCAAAUAUUUUACUAAUGUUGUCUGCCAGUCCUAGGAUGAGUGGUUUUAUCUAUCAGGGAAAGCUACCAACAACAGGAAUGACAAUCACAAAGCUUGAAGACAGUGAAAAUCAUAAAAAUUCAUUUGAAAUAUCAGGAAGCAUGAUUGAGCGGAUAUUAGUGUCAUGCAACAACCAACAGGAUUUACAUGAAUGGGUGGAUCAUCUACAGAAGCAAACUAAAGUCACGUCUAUUGGAAAUCCCACGAUAAAGCCUCAUUCUGUGCCAUCUCAUACUCUUCCUUCCCAUCCAAUCACACCAUCCAGCAAACAUUCAGACAGCAAGCCAGUGCCACUGACUCCUGCAUACCACACGCUCCCACACCCUUCACAUCAUGGGACUCCACAUACUACCAUUAAUUGGGGACCUUUGGAGCCUCCUAAAACUCCCAAACCUUGGAGCCUGAGCUGCCUGCGACCUGCACCACCUCUACGGCCUUCAGCUGCUCUGUGUUACAAAGAGGAUCUUAGUAAGAGUCCGAAGACCAUGAAAAAACUGCUGCCUAAGCGCAAACCGGAACGGAAACCUUCUGAUGAAGAGUUUGCAUUGAGGAAAAGUACAGCUGCUUUAGAAGAGGAUGCUCAAAUUCUAAAAGUUAUUGAAGCUUACUGCACAAGUGCCAAAACACGACAAACACUCAAUUCAAGUUCACGCAAAGAAUCUGCUCCACAAGUUUUGCUCCCAGAAGAAGAGAAAAUUAUAGUAGAAGAAACUAAAAGUAAUGGUCAGACAGUGAUAGAAGAAAAGAGUCUUGUUGAUACGGUAUAUGCAUUAAAAGAUGAGGUCCAAGAAUUAAGACAGGAUAACAAAAAGAUGAAGAAAUCUCUAGAGGAAGAACAGAGAGCCCGCAAAGACCUCGAGAAACUUGUGAGAAAAGUUUUAAAGAACAUGAAUGACCCUGCUUGGGAUGAGACCAAUCUAUAG